UGGUUCUACCAAAAAAGAUUUUAUGUAAGAAAGAUCUUUUGCCAAAUUAUUAAAUAUUAACUACAUCUCUAUCUAUCUGUCUCUCCAACUGUAUAAAAACAACCUUGAGACAAUUUUCAUUUCAAGUUUCUCUCCAACUGUAUAAAAACAUCAAAGCUUGGUUUCUUUGUUCUCUCUUCUUUAACAAAGUCCAGGAGUUAUGGUGAGAGUUUUUCUUCUCUACAACCUCAUUAACUCAUUUCUUCUGUAUUUGGUUCCCAAGAAGCUUAGAGUUCUCUUCCCUCCUUCUUGGUACAUCGACGACAACAUCCCACCACCACUUUCAGAACCGGAACCAAAAUCUCAGACAAGGACAGACCCAGUGGAUCUGAAACAAGUGUUUCAGAUGUUCGACAAGAACGGAGACGGCCGCAUCACUAAGGAAGAGCUAAAUGAUUCCUUGGAGAACCUAGGAAUCUUCAUGCCAGACAAAGAUCUGAUCCAGAUGAUCCAUAAGAUGGAUGCAAAUGGAGAUGGUUGUGUAGACAUACACGAGUUUGAAUCUCUUUACGGUUCGAUUGUUGAAGAGAAAGAGGAAGAGGAUAUGAGAGAUGCGUUCAAUGUGUUUGAUCAAGACGGUGAUGGGUUUAUUAGCGUUGAGGAGUUAAAGUCUGUGAUGGCUUCCUUGGGACUCAAGCAAGGUAAAACCCUAGAGUGUUGUAAAGAGAUGAUUAUGCAAGUGGAUGAAGAUGGAGAUGGUAGAGUCAAUUACAAGGAGUUUCUUCAGAUGAUGAAAACUGGUGGAUUUAACAAUAGAUCAUCAUCAUCAAAUUAGAGCUGGUUUUGAUCUUUUUACUCCUAUGUAAAUAAUGUCAUGCAAUGAAUCUUGAACUGAAUGGUUAAGAACAAUUAGAUAAAAAGAUAUUUGACUUU